AUGGACGAGUCGUCGCUGUUGGAUCUACUGGAGUGUUCGGUGUGUCUGGAGCGGCUGGACGCGAGCGCACGAGUGUUACCCUGUCAGCACACGUUCUGCCGCCGCUGCCUCGAGAACAUCGUGCGCUCCAGACACGAGCUCCGCUGCCCGGAGUGCCGCAUCCUGGUGGACUGCGCCGUCGACGAGCUGCCGGCCAACAUCCUGCUGGUCCGGUUACUGGACGGGAUUAAACAGCGACCGCGGAACGGCGGAGGCAGAGCGUCGCUCACGGGGAUCUCGCUGGUGGGAUGUGCGGCCGGUGUUUCGGCGUCGCCUCCGGGGACAGCGGCGAGGGACCUGCCCGUCGCCACACGGAGCUCUCCGGUUAAGAAUGUUCCUCAGUUGCCAUGUGGAAAAGCGCUUUACAGCUAUGAGGGCAAAGAGCCCGGCGACCUCAAGUUCAACAAAGGUGACAUCAUCAUCCUGCGCCGUAAGGUGGAUGAGAACUGGUAUCACGGCGAGUUGAACGGCAGUCAUGGUUUCCUCCCGGCGAGCUACAUUCAGUGCAUCAGACCGCUGUCACAAACACCUCCACAGGGAAAAGCGCUGUAUGACUUUGAGGUUAAAGACAAAGACCAGGAUAAAGACUGCUUGACUUUCACCAAGGACGAGAUUCUGACCGUCAUACGACGAGUGGACGAUAACUGGGCAGAAGGCAUGCUGGGAGAUAAGAUUGGCAUUUUUCCAAUCUUAUACGUUGAGUUAAAUGAGACAGCAAAGCAGCUGAUGGAGAUGGACAAACCAUCACCGAUACCAGGCCCGAGUACUGACCCAGGUUCCCCCACAGCCAGCUCAAGUUCUGGUCCCAGCACGGCCGUGAGCUGUAACGGAAACGGUUCGGGCAGCACGGGCAUCCAUCGGCGCAUGGAGGGCAAGAAGAACGCAAAGAAGCGGCACUCGUUCACAGCAUUGAGUAUGACGCAGCGUUCGGCGCAGGCGCUGGGAAAUAACAGACACUCGAUGGAGAUCAGCGCACCUGUUCUCAUCAGCUCGUCUGACCCGCGCGCUGCAGCGCGUAUAGGAGAAGGUCCGCAUCUCUCCUCCAGCGCGCCGACAUCACAGGUACUGCUUCCUCCACGCAUCACGUCUGCAUCAGGAGAUCUGCUCGCUGCUGCUAAAGUCCAGCUGCCUCUCAACAUCUAUCUGGCGAUGUAUGCGUACAAGCCUCAGAAAGCCGAUGAGCUGGAGUUGAGGAAGGGUGAGAUGUACCGCGUCAUGGAGAAGUGUCAGGACGGAUGGUUUAAGGGAACGUCGCUGCGCUCUGGAGCAUCUGGAGUUUUCCCUGGAAACUACGUCACAACUGUCUCCAGGGCUCCGUUUGCAGUCGGGCAGACGCGUGCUUGUCUCUCAGGAACGGCUCAGGUGUCUAAGGUGACCCCUGGAUCUCCGGGCUCCGCGGGGCCCUCGAGUCCCGUCUUGUUGGCGUCUGCGUCUCGAUCCAGCACGCCGCUGUCCAGCCCGUCCUCACCGCAGCUGCAACCAGCAGCUGUCCACCUGAAGAACUGUCUGCGCCUGUCCAGUCAGCAAACUGUCAAUCAAGCGCGCUCCGCCAUGCAGUUAGUUCACAGUCCUCCGGUGAGCAGCAGCCCUGAACGCCCCACCGCAGCCGUCACUCCCCUCAGACCACACGCCAGUCCCUCGCGCUCCCCGGGCCCCGCCGCAGGACGGCCCCUUUCGAUGGUGGCGGUCCCUCAGACACAUUCUCCCCUGCAGUCCGGGUCGCUCUCUCCAGCGUCAGUACGGGUGCUCAUACCGCUCGGCUUCGCCGCGGCCGCCAUCACCCCGCCGAACAUCAACGCAGCUCAUCUAAAUGGAGGAGACGCGUCUGUCUGCCUGCUGCAGCCCUCCUCUCCUGCACACACGCAUGUGCAGGGCACAAAGGUAGAAAAGAAAGAGAAGAAGAGCAGUGGUCUAUUGAAGCUUCUCUCUGGUGCUGCAGCAAAAAAGAAAUCGCGCUCGCCGCCGUCCGUCUCCCCGACGCAUGAAGCGCGUUCUCCAGCCGUCGAGCCUUCCUCCAUUCAGGGCGCAAUGGCUCCAGAGCUGCGGUCCGCAGGCGGUCACGGUCGGGCGGGGUCGUGUCCCAUCGAGAGCGAGAUGCAGGGGGCCAUGAGCAUCGAGCCGCUCCACAGGAAGUCUGGUUCACUGGACCUGAACUUCUCUGUGUCUCCACCAGCACGUCAGCUCUGCUCGUCAUCGCCGCUCGCCAUCAGACCUGAACCCAAGCCAUUAUCCAGAGAGAGGUAUCGUGUGGUGGUGCCGUACCCGCCUCAGAGCCAAGCAGAGAUUGAGCUGAAGGAGGGCGACAUCGUGUUCGUGCACAAGAAGCGAGAGGACGGCUGGUAUAAAGGAACAUUGCAACGCACCGGACGAACAGGACUCUUUCCCGGCAGCUUCGUGGAGAGUUUCUAG